AGCAGCCAGUUACAACAUUAUAAAACAGAUCUGCAGGUUCUCACCGGGUUAGAGUCGUUGGUGUUGCGUGGGUGUAGGAAACAUGGCAGCCCCCAGCUUCAGCAAUGCUGUGCGAGUUAGACUUCACUUUGACUACCCUCCCCCGGGGACGCCAGGCUGCCGCAUGUGCUGGCUGUACAUCGACCUGAAUAAGUGUAGAGUGGUCACCGAUCUGGCGAGUAUCAUCAGAGACAAGUUUGAUUUCAGCCGCAGAACAGCUCUAGACCUCUUCAUUGAAGACUGCUUCCUACCGCCCAACGAGAGCAUCUACGUCAUUAGAGAUAACGACAGCAUCAGGGUGAAAGCUGAAGGUUUUCUGCCUGCACUGAAUGGCACUGAGCCCAGCGAGCCCUCUCCCUGCAAGGGGCAGAAGAGGCGCAGGUCUGUUGAGGACGUGCCCUCAGAGAGAGAUCACACCAAGAAGAGCAAGAAGAAAAAGAGUAGCAGGGAGACCCCCAAUCUGACAGCACAGCCCGAAGAGGGGGAGCACCGGGCCGAGAAGAAGAGAAAGACGAGGGAGGAAUCCACAGAGGAGGAGCACAGCCGGAGAAAAAAGACGGGGCAAAAGGAAAAGACGUCCGCUGCAGAUACAGGCAGCAGGGAUGGGAAGAAGCCCAGCAGCAGCUCUGUUAAGAGCUCUGCCGCUCCGUCCUCCAAACUAGCUGCUGCUGCAGGUAAGAAACCCUCCGGGAACAGACCAGCCCCGGCGUCCUCGCACUCCAGCAGCACAGACAGCGACAGCAGCGAGGAUCAACCGGCUUCUAAGAAAGAGCAGAGCAAGACUCCACAGAGUGCCAGAGUCCAGCCCAAACCAGCCACUGCAAGUGGAGGCGGUUCUGCUAAACGAGCGCCUGUCCCAUCCAAACCAGUGAUCACGAAUGCAUCUGUCCCAUCAAAACCAGUGACUGCUAGGGCUGCUUCGUCCUUGCACUCCAGCAGCACAGAUAGCGACAGCAGCGAGGAUCAACCAGCUUCUAAGAAAGAGCAGAGCAAGACUCCACAGAGUGCCAGAGUCCAGCCCAAACCAGCCACUGCAAGCGGGGGUGGUUCUGCUAAACGAGCGCCUGUCCCAUCCAAACCAGUGAUCACGAAUGCAUCUGUCCCAUCAAAACCAGUGACUGACAGGGCUGCUUCGUCGUCGGAGUCCAGCAGCGAGGCGGACAGUUCGGAGCAGAGAGAGGUGGCAAAGGCAGGGCUUGUGUCGUCUGCGUCACUACCAGCCAAAGAGACUCCUGCCCCUGCAGUGGAGAGAAGCAGUGCUCCUGCCCAGGCUGAGACCCCCAGCUCUGACAGCAGCUCUGAGGACGAGUUUGUGAUCAAGAAGCCCCAGACGGUUUCAGGACUGAACAGGGCUGUGACUGGCAAUGGCAGGGGCAGGGAGACCCCUCUGGGGGUGGGAAGGGGGUCCCCGCUCGGGGAGGGGAGGGGUUUGGGGCGAGGGGAUGGCAGGUUCCCAUGGAGAGGUUCUGUGGGACGGGGGCUGAGAGGAGGCAGGGCAAGAGGGGCCACGGGACAGUGCUUCUCUUAUGAUUACAAUGGAAGUCAGCAGCAACAGAAGAAGCAGCACUUCGCUGAGAAAGCAUCGAACACGUCUGUGAUGUUGCAGUAUCCUGCAGAAGCAGCCUCCAAAAAAGAUUACUGCUCCUGUCCUCUGCUCACCGCUCCUUCACAGAUAGGACAGAAAAUCGCUUUCAAGCUGCUAGAAUUAACAGAAAACUACACGCCAGAAGUGUCUGAAUACAAGGAAGGAAAGAUUAUUCACUACAUCCCCCACACCAAUCAAGUGGAGCUGGAGAUCCUGUCCUGUGACGCUGUUUGUAAAGAGCCAGGGAAGUUUGAUCUGGUGUACCACACUCCAGAUGGGGCGAGAGAAAUCGAGUACGCUGUCUCAAGAGGCUCCAAGAGGGUGACGGAGAGAUGGGAUUCUCUUAUUGAACCUCGACUGAUUAUUGAACCUGCUAGUCUGCCUGCAGCUGGAGAGACUGGCUGACUUUCGUUCUCGCUGUGUGUUUCUGGAACCAACUGUGAAAUGCCUCAAGAUGUCUAUAUACAUUUAAUGUUUUGUUUAAAUAUUUCAUUUUAAUGCUGUAAAAAUGUUUCAUAAAUAAAAGUUCCUUUUUUUGUA